CUCCAGGAUGUGGUAAAUGCAAAUGUCCCUGUGACUUUUCCCCAGGGCCUGUGGGUCACUCCGCCUCUUCUCCCCAGAUUAGAGAGCAGUUUGCAUAUCUGACUUCCUGUGGAUUAGUUUCAUAAUUGGUUUAGGAUUAGACGUUAACCAUCCUGGUGGAACAGAAUUCUUGGGGGUUUGUUUGUGGAGGGGGGAUCUAGGUGAAGAGGAGGGAAGGAUAUAGGGUGGGAAGGUCUGGAGUGGUGACGGGCAAGGUCUGGGCAGGGCCUUGCAGAAAACACCGUAGAAGCCCGAAAGAAGUCUGAGAGGCCAACUGCUUUCCUCGCUGAAGCUUCUAGAACCAGAGCAUUAAUGAAGGUGUGGCCCAGGGCCAGCCCCCCCUCCUUUUCUCCCGGCGGAAGGUGCGGGGCAGCUACCGGAAGUCCUAGAGGCGCGGGGCGGGGCUUGUGCGGCGGCGCCGUGGGAUCGAUAUGGCGACUGAGGGGGACGUGGAGCUGGAGUUGGAGACUGAGACCAGCGGUCCGGAGCGGCCUCCUGAGAAGCCAAGGAAGCAUGACAGUGGUGCGGCGGACCUGGAGCGAGUCACCGACUAUGCGGAGGAGAAGGAGAUCCAGAGUUCGAAUUUGGAGACGGCCAUGUCCGUGAUUGGAGACAGACGGUCACGGGAGCAGAAAGCCAAACAGGAGCGGGAGAAGGAACUGGCAAAAGUCACUAUCAAGAAAGAAGAUCUGGAGCUGAUAAUGACAGAGAUGGAGAUCUCACGAGCAGCAGCAGAACGGAGCUUGAGGGAACACAUGGGCAACGUGGUAGAGGCUCUUAUUGCCUUAACCAACUGAUUUGUACUUUUCUCAGACCUACCCACUGGAUUAACUUAUUUCAAUAAAGAUUUGUCCUUUUUUUGUUGUUUUAUCAUCUUGGA